AAAAUGCUCCGAGACGAAUAACUAAUAAUUCAAAAAAGAAAAAAAGAAAAAAAGAAAAAAAGAAAAAAAAAAUACAAGAGGCAUCGCGUCUUCAACCAUGGCCACACCCGACAAUUCGCUCCAAGCAUUAAAGGCUUUGGUACAAUCUACAACUGAUCUGAUAUCCCAACUCGAAAACUUUCUUCACUCAAUAGCCACCGAAACCGCCGCUCUACCAUUGCCAUCUUCCUCCCCAUCCCCAUCUGCGUUGCCCCCUACCUCAGACACAUCAUCUAUUGACCCUCUUUCCCUCGCUCACGAUUCUGCUACCCUAAUCAAGGCACAUACCACAAAAAUAUCACUUCUAAUCAUUAACGAGCCAUUUACACCUUCCGCAAUUAUCAAAGUCCUCCGCGAACUAGCCGCCGGUCCCAUACCAGCCUUGGCUUCUGCCGUUCAAAUAUGCGAUUCGGAUAAAUUUACCACAGUGGCUCGCCAGGACUUGGCAUGGCGAUGUUAUCGUGUGCUCAAGGAACUAAAGAGCCUAGUUGAAACCAUCCCUCUAAACGGAAAGGUUCUGCCUUCGGCUCAGAAAAAUGGCGUCCGUGGAGAAAAAGGCAGCAUGGCUGCUACCGGUGUUAUCUGGGCUGCUUGCGACGACGUCAUUCUAUUACAGCAACUUGGUGUGGCUGGGUUGCUGGUAAAGAAGGUCGAGGAAUACAGGGAUACACUGAAGGAUAUUCUUGAAGAGCUCAAGGAAUAUAGCGAGGAAGUAGACGAGGACCAAGACGACGAUAACGAUGCCGAUCCAGCGGAGGACGGUGACGUUGGUAGCGUCGCAGACCAGUUGCAAAAUACCCACAUCUCGACACAGGAGAUGCUCGACCAACUGAUGAAUCCCAGGACCAUACCUAGAGGGGAUCCGGACAAGAUUCGAGAGCGUCUAGAAUCCUGUCUAAAACGCCUACGCCUGACUACGUUGCUUUACACGGCCAUCGUCAAAAGACGCUUGAAAGUUGUCCCAGCACUGCCUUCCAGUACGCAAUCAUCAGUCACGCGGCGGCUCGAUGAAGUAUUUCCCUUGCUGAAAAGCCUACCGCAUCGCUUUGGCGAAUUAGCCUGUGCAUUCUAUGACCUGGACCGCGACGGCAUAGAUCGCACCAUGGAUUCAUGCUUUUUUGACGCAUUCGCGGCAUCGGAAAUGUUAAUGAAGUCGUGGGACGGCCAGAGAGAUGAAUUUACGGGCUGGGCCGAGAAAUUCCAAGUCGGGAUCAAAACGCCUAACUAGGCGUAUAACAUUGAACCUACAAUGCAAAUAAUACCAUCCUGACUACCUAAUCUAUGUAUAGGUCGUACUUGAUUUAUCUAAAGAAUGACAAUAUCCAAAAUGACCUACCUACCCCAAGAGUAAGGGUUGGAUCGAGAAUCAGAAAGUUCCAAGCAUAAUACACUUUGUUCCACCGCCCCUAUCCUAUACCGCGAAUCCUCACAGCUGAAUCGCAACCGAGUUAAAGUUGACCUAUCCCCUCGUUAGUACUCUUGCGAAUGUAGGUAUCAGGCAGAUACUCACGUGGCCUGAGGAUGGACAACUGUUCGAGAUUUCUGGCCCCUUCGUCGAUUUCCCGUUCAUCGUGAUAGUGACGGCACCAGUCUUACCGUUGAAAGGAACUUGAUAAAAGAAAGCUUUACCGAACGAGUUCGAGGGGUUUACG